AUGGCUGUCGAAUGCGCUACACAGAAGAAUGUGGAAAAGUCGGCGAAGACCAAGCGUGCCGAGAUUCAGAUCUAUCGCCCCGGGAUGAUGCGUCGUGGUGUUGAUAUCACAGCUGAAGCUCCGGCAAAACCUCAGAACACCGUGCCGACAAAUGAUACCCGGAAGCGAACAUCUUAUGGAAACAGCCCCAGGAUUCACCAGGAUUCAACAUCCGAAAAAGUUGCUCCUCGCCUUGUACCUACAGCUCUCGGAACAGGAAUUCGAUCCCGCAUCUCGUUUUUGCCUUCCAGUCAAGCUCCAAACGAAGAGGCUCCCCAAAACAUCCCCUACGCCCACGACGCUCGCCAAAACCAACGAGCCCCGCCGCGCCAAAACCCAGCCUUUGGCCAUGAUGAUAGAUGUUUGACCAGCAGAAACCCUGCCAACAACACACGUCGCAGCAUGGACGUCCCACGGCACCGCCAAGAGCCCAGAAAAUGGAUGGCACCUCAAUCGAGGCGUUCCGAGUUUGACGAGGACGAUCGGAGAUCAAACUUCUCGGUGUCGACUCGCUACUCUGAACGCUCGCGGAAUGCCUGGAAGCCUCGGGGUAUCGAUAUUCGGUCCGAUCUUUCGGGAUCUACACCAGAUUCGGUUAAUUCUUCUCCAGAGUUUGACAAGGAGCCACACAUCGUUGAAGUUAAGUGGGAGGAUCCUGAGCUUACAGAAGAGGAAGAAGAGCCUGUGGUUCCGGUGAAAGAUGUUCAGCCCUCUUCAGGGGAACCGCAAAGCCUCACGCAACUCUGCGACCUGUACGACAAGCUGGCGACGGAGGAUUGGAGCAAGAUUAUGAACGACGACGCCGAAGAGGAUUGGCAACCAUCCGCCGAAAACGAUGAAGGCGACGAGAACGAGAACGAGCCGCCAAGUGAUGUCGAGGAUGAGCGCGAUCCUGAGCCAGAAGAAGUUCCUAAAAUGACACACCUAUCGGCUCGUCUCGCUUCCAGAAUCUCGUUUUCCCCAGCUAAUAAGCAAGCCAUC